AUGGACAGAGCUGUCUUCUCAUCUCUUGCGGAUGAUAGGAACGCUGAGCCCUUCGGCUCCGAUCCUCUUAUGACCCGGAAGCCGGCGCCGGAGCAACGCUUCAGCGACGGGUCUUUGGGAGAGAAAACCCAAAUUCUGGCUGUCUCCCAAGGUGAUGAUGCAACCCCUAAAUCAGCUGUUCAAGGGCAGCAUAGGGAGCUACAUUCGAACUCCGGGUCACCCGUCGUUUCAGAAACUGCUACGCCCGCCGAUGCUGCUUUUGUCGUUGCUUCUGGGUCCGCUACCUCUGCUACGUCCGCUACUCUUUCAUCUGGCGUUUCCUCUGUUGAUUCGGAAGGUGAGAAACCUCCUGUAUCUAGGGAUAGGACACAGGAUGUCGGCGUGCAUCGAUUCGAUGCUGUGGAGGAAACGAACAGCGGGCAGGGGUCGAUGCUGGAUGAGAACACAGAAGCGCCGGCAACCACACGCGGCCGACCCACUAUGUGGACAUGGAAUCCGUUGAAUCCAGGGGACGAACCAACGGAAGCGGAGGACCUGAAGCACGAGGGCGUGCCUGGGGACUUCGUUAGUAUCCCAGUCCUCGAUCAGGCUGCAGGGCACCAGUCUGAGCAGGCAGAGGAUGUUGCAGCACCACAAACCGAAGCACCAGCAGAAGGAUACGACAACAGUGCCACUUCAUCGAAUAGCGCGGCCGCUUCAGGCCAAGCAGCAGAGGAAGAGCAAGAAGACACCAACCAGAAAAGCAGCAGCGGCAAGUACCGUAGACAGUUUGAAAAGAGAGUUGCAGAAAGCAGAACAAGCGAUCUUCCGGACGGAGAAUCCUCUUCUGCUUCUUCAAAAGGCAGCGAUCAGGCGAACGAGGAGUCCAACGCCGCGUCGCACGCUCCCGACGCCACCACCGUUGAUGGGUCGAUUUCGGAAUCGGAGUCUGGGUCGAUUGGACGGGGAUCCGCCAAAGAUAGUAGCAAUCAUAGCAGCACUGCUGACAACAGCAGUAAUAGUAACAGAAACGGGAGCAGCAGCAGCAGCACAACUGAGCAGGACGUUCUUUCGCACGCCGGGCGGAGUGGCUUUGACUCCUAUGAUUACCACACUAGUGGGAGGGGCGUCGCGCGUUCAAAGCGUCGCUCGCGUUUCGCCAGCCCUUCAGAGCUAAGCGGGGAGUCGGACGACUCUCUUUAUACUCCUUGGAGUCCAGUGACUGCUCGUACAGGUCGUUCGGCUUCGGGAGAGGCUGCGGUAAAAGAAGAAGAGACUGUCAGUCGUAAAACGGAGUGUGUGUAUAAGGUGGCGGGUGUCCGUAUUGACGCUUCCUACGUGGACACUGCAUGUACGGGUACUAUACAUGUUGCAUACCAAAGUGAGCAAGGAAAAUUCAUGCAGCGACGGCUGCUUCUGAGCAAUACAACGGAGGACCCCGUCACUGUUGUAAUGAAGACGGUCAACGCCAAGUUUAAAGCUUCCGUUCCCGCUUACAGUAGCUCCUACUAUCGAAGCUUCUCGGGACCGUACUCGUUCUUGCAAGGGGAAGAAGGCGGCGACACAGAUUCAACAACCACUGCAGCGGCAGAAGAAAAAGCAGCAGAUUACAUCAGAUCUAUGCUCAAGGAAAUGCGCAGAGUGCGACGGAAACUCCCAAAUCGCCCCUUGGACUUAGUUGUUGGCUUUACGAGCCCUCUUGACGGCAGCAGCGAGGGGACAGAUGCAGACGGGACAGCGGCCAGCUUCAUGCAGACAUCUGCGGGGGCGGCGCGGAUAGCGCAGUCAUGCGACGAGGUUCUUUCGGUGCUGGAGGACAGAGAAGGUUUCUCCUGCGAAAUUCUUGAGGCAGUUGACGUCAUCAUUUUGCAGUUCCCACCAUCUGCAGAUUUGUCCGACAAGGGCGAAGUGGAGAAGGUGCUGUCCAAGUUGUUGUCCCUCGAGGGGAGGAAUAUUCUCUUUUUUGAAGUUGCAAAGCCGGCUUCGCUCCAAAUGGCGCCUGUGGGAGAAGGGCUUCCCGACCCGCCCAAGAGGUUGACGGAAAAAUGGGCCUUUGUUCAGGCCAAGGAAGCCUUGCAAGAGCAGUGCUCAGCAGAGGCAACUGCCAAAACGCGCCUCCUGUCAGAGGAUGGCGACGCUGAUUCCCCGGUGGCUGCUAACCUCCCUCAAGACCCUGAUUUAGAAAAGCGUCUCUGGGGAAUGUACAGCGCGCGCUGUGUGCACGCCUGGCUGCAUGGAGAAAAAGGCCACAAGGAAGUUGUGGUGGCGGUAAUUGACUCAGGCGUGGCUAGCCAUCCUGACUUAGACGAAAAUAUUUGGCACAAUGCUGCCGAGUCAGCCGACGGAGGCGAUGAGGACAAUAACGGAUUCAUAGACGACACGGACGGCUGGAAUUUUGCAGAUGAUUCGAACCAUGUCGUCGAUACAAACGGACACGGCACCCACGUGGCAGGCACAGUAGGGGGCGUAGCCAACAACAAAGACAUCGUCGGCUGUUCGCCGCUCGUCUCCAUCAUGAAAAUACAACAAUUUGGCUCCAGCGGGACGGGUUCAAUAGGGGACGCAGUGCGGGGUGUGGCGUACGCGAUGCUGCAUGGUGUGGAAGUGAUAAACAACAGCUGGGGUGCAACGGAAACGACUGAUUCGUUGCAACUGUUGAUGGAGAGGUCUCAGGCCAUGCGGGGAGGGUUAGGGACCCUUAUUGUUAAUGCUGCAGGGAACAGCAGCAGCAACAAUGACCUUCUGCCUUUUUACCCCGCAGGCUUCGACUACCCAAAUACCAUUUCGUGA